AUUGCGUGUUAGGUUAUCAAACGAUGAUAACGCUGUCUUCUGUAUUAAAUCAGUUUCGACGAAUAAACGUCAAGGAAAUCACGUACAAUAUAAGCGCAACAAUGGCUACUCGGUCACCAGAUCCAGCCAAAGUGCAAUUGCGUGAACAAAUAGCAAAGAGCAUUGCACAGCUAUCGAAAGAGGAGAAGGAUCGUCAAUCUAAUAUAGUUUACAAUAAGAUAAUCAACCACCCCUACUACAAAUCGUCCAAUCGCAUAGCUAUAUUCAUGAGCACUGACGAAGAAGUUAACACGGCACCAAUAAUAGCCCAUAUCCAGUCUAGAGGUGCCUCCGCAUUCGUCCCUCAGUACGCCGGUGGUGUGAUGAAAAUGUUGAAGGUAGAAAGUGGUGAUCCGGAGAAUAUGCCGCUAACGAAACAUGGCAUACAACAGCACUCGAAGGACCAAAAGAGAGAGGAUGGGCUGGAUUCAGGUUUAGAUUUAAUAAUUGCGCCAGGGGUGGCCUUCUCGCUGGAUGGGGGUCGAGUUGGCCACGGUGGAGGUUACUACGAUAGAUACUUGGCGAAGAUACGAGCCGAUCAAGAAAAACCACCGAAGGUGAUAGCAAUCGCGUUCAACUGUCAGAUCGUGGACAAGGUGCCUAUGAAUGACUUGGAUCAGAAGAUAGAUGGCGUUAUAUACGCAGAUUGAUUUAUUGUUUUUUUAUGUUUUAAACUGCAUGUGUACACUUAUAAUAAAUAUAAUUAGGUAAUACUUAAAAUGUAUAUGAUAUUAUUAAAUACUUGAAGUAAAUAAUAAAAUGGUUAAGAGAUGCAUUUCUGUAAAUCUGGGUAGCAACAAACUUACUACUUACUUACUUUUUUGUAUUCGGUCAAAAUUUAUCUUUAAUCUACCGUAUGUAUGACCAUAUAUCAUAUCAUUUUUCAUUUAAAUUUAUUUUCUUUCAUCGUGUUAUAAAAAAUUAAAUGUUGUCAAUUUUAACAUAAUAGAAGAUAGUUAAUUCGAAAGCUUCAUCAUGAUA